AUGUCGCGCACUCCCACCCCUCCACCCCCCGAACCCGCCCCAGACCCAAAGGCCGUCAUCGACCCCCGCAACAAACCCACCCUCACCGUCGUCCAAAACAAAUACACUACUUAUGAUUUUACCCCCUUCCUCUCCUCCCCCGCCGUCCUGCACCGCAUGCGCGAAAAUCGCCACCAGAUCCCCCUCAUCUCUCCCAUCCCCGCAACACGUAUUCCUUCCCCCCUAGCCGAAAACCUUCACCCCUCCGUCAUAAAAGAUGUGCGAGAUUUUCUUCUCGGGUCGGGGAAGUACAAAUCGCCAUAUGCACUCAAUUAUUCCGGGGACGGACACGAGGUGUGGAAAUCCUGGAAACGCGCGUGGGAUAUUUGGAAUAAUCAUUACAUGGAAGGACGUGUGAAUGAAGUGUGGGUUGCGCGCGCCUAUGCGGAAUGGGAAGCUUAUAUCAAGCAACAGAAAAAGAAGGGGAAGCUUCCCUUUGAGGGACCAGCAGGGAGAAGACAGCACAGGAGGAAAAAGGUGAAGAUAGGAAAACCGUAUAGGACGGAAGCUAAAGCGCUCGAACAAUUUGAAACGAGUAUUUCUGAGAUAGCGCAAGGAAGGAGAGAAUGGAAAGAACGUGCAACUGAGAAUCUCAAGGCGCUAUUUAAGCAAAAUCGGAAUUUGGGAGAUGGAUAUAUAGAGUUUUGUGAAGCGCUGGCCGAAUGGCAACGACGCAAUUGGGAUGCACCUAAAUGGGAGGAUUUCAAAAAUUACAAGCAAUGGGCGCCGGAGUAUCUACCUUUGACUAUGGAAUACGUCCGUGAUGAACUACCAUUGAGUUUGCAAGAACGGGUCGAGGAGCUUCUCGGCUCGGAAUUCUGGAAGAAAGAUCCUAAACCUGAAGCUCAGCCUGGUUCCAUCGAGUACGCUAUUGCUCUCGCUAAAUGGGAAGAAUUACCCGAAGUUCGUCGAUGCAAAUUAACCAGUCGACCCAAUUGGAAUGAAACAUAUCGACCUGCUGAAAGUCUAGAGGAGAAGUAUAUCGAAUUCGCAAUGAAAAGGACGAGUCCUGCCGUCGUUGAUGAAUUCAAAGAUCGCAUGGAGAAAAACAAGAGACUGGGCGUGGGAUAUAUUGAGCUCUCAUGGCAGCAAGCACAUUACAAUAUCACUACGCAAGCGUACGGAGGAGAAUUAGAUCCGACGAUUAUGGAAAAGCCCGACCCUCAGGAUUACAUUGAUAAAGCGCGCCCGGGAAAACCUGAGAGCGAUACACCCGCGACGGCUAUUGAUCGUGAGCCUGACGAUGGCGAUGAAGAGGAUGACGAAAACUUUAAUCCUAAUGACCUCACAAGGCCAUUUCCAAUCGAAGAUGAUGGAUCUAGUGGAGGUUUCUUCGCCAUGAAGAAUUUUAUCGAGUACGCUGUCCCAGAUGAAGACGACGAGACUUUUCAAGAAUAUUACGAUCCCAUUGAGAACAGUGUUUGGCGACCAAGGCAAGUCGGAGAACAUCAUGUUAAGGUUGAUAUGGAUGAGGAACCGGAUGCUUUCUUAAAAAAUUCUCAGUUUGAGAUUGAUGGUGGUGUGGAUUGCGGAAGAAGUCCUUAUCCUCUUCUCCGCCCUCUCUGUAGAUACGCACAAAGCAAAGUCAAAAUGCCCGAUGAUGACCAGCCCAAUGUACCUUACAUGCUUAAACCCAAAGACCACGGAUCACUUUUGAAGAUCAAAAAGUUUUGGGAUAAAGUAACAGGCACCAUCUUCAAUAUUCCAAUCAAAAACAUAUAUCAACAAACUCUAGAUAAAAUUGAAGAUCGCGAUCACAGAGAAUCCUUCGAGAAUAGCAACAGCUACCAAAACCCGGACAUAUUCCCCUUGGACAUUAGGCGAUGCGAAGCAAUUCCAACUCCGAUCAAUCCCGGCGAAGAGCGUCCAAAGGCAGUUGAACCCCGAGGCCAAGACAACAUUAUCGAGCCAUCCUUCAAAAUGAAGGAGAAGGAAUACAGACCCAUGAGAUUUGAUGAUCCUUGGUGGGUUGCGCCUGAGCAAAAGUAUUAUCGAGAUAUGCCACCUCGAAACUACCCUCCAAAAUGCGAUGAAACACAAUCUUUUCUACCGAAAGAUGUCAGGCUUUGGAAUGAUGAAAUUGACAAAGAUUCUGAUUUGAAGCAUAGAUACUUUGUGGCUAAUCUGGACGGAAGACUUCUAACAAUCAAUGGAAUCGCAGUUUCCAAAGGCGAAAUUGCAGGCCCAUUGCCAGAAUUCGCUAUCAUACAAAGCGAGGGUGGUGGAGUAUCUUUUUGGCAUGGUGUUGGCGGUCGAUUUUACUUACAGCCAGCUGAUGCUAGCACAAAAGAUUGGUCUCGACAAUGGAGCUCAUUGAGACAAACUUUGAGAGAUGAAUACUUUGGCGUUGCCGCCGGAUACUACUGGCAGAAUGCAAUUGUGGGAAAAAUCAUGGAAGAUGACGAGGGCGAAGGAGAGCAAGAUCUCAAGUGGAUAAGAUGGAAGAACGCAAAACCAGCAAGAAACACAAAUAUACCGGAUCCCUGCGCUGUCAAACUCAUGUCGCACCGCGGUUUUCUGGAUUACUAUGCUCAAUCUGAGGAGAAUGAGGACUGGGGAGCGCCUGGACCUUUGCCAUUUGAGAGCCCAGAAGCUGAGCUUAAGUGGGUAGCCGCACAGCUUCAUUUUCAAGAGACGUUUCUUGCCCAUUCAUGGCUUAGGUCAGAAAUGGUUGAGCCAACCAGUGAUACAGCAUGGGGAGGACUCCCCCCAAACUAUGGAGACGUUUCGAAUGGUCCCACCGACGAUCAGAGAAACCAAUGGUGGGAAAGUCAUAAAGAUAAUGCCGAAAAGGUACAAUCACAAUCUUCUGAAAUAUUCCAUGAACGAUUCUUUGAUGAAAUCGAAGAGGAGCAAACUGCAUAUGAAGCCAAGAGUUUGAAACGACAGGCUGAUAAUGAUGGCUAUUUCCCACCCGAUGCCAAAAGAUUCCGACAAAACAUAGAAGAAAGAGAAAAAGAGAAAAUAGCGGAAAUUGAAAAGCGAGAAGGAGAGAAGCUUGAAAUGGGUGUACAGGAAUUGGUUGAUGAAAUAAACAAGGGAGUCAAAGAAAUCGAAGGGCCCGCACCUGGAUCAAAACCAACGAAACUUGAUCUGUGGAAGCCAGCAUCUGACGCCGAAGCUGAGGCACAAGCAAGAGAAGCCCUACGAAGAGUUCGGGAAUUGGAGCGUCUGAGAGUGUUCUUCAAUGAACAGAGGAAGGAUGCGCACGAAAUUCAAAUUCCGCCCAUAAAAGACCCCAUUGCGGGUCUCGCUCCUUCAACAAUCUUGACAUUACCUGCAAACAGGUGGGCACUAGAAGCAAUAGUGAGACACAGGGAGGAACAUCGUUUAGAUGAAGAAGUCCAGGAAACAUCAGCCUUGAAUAACCAAAAUGCAUCUGAAAGAUUGAAACGAAAACGCAUUGCGGAAAGACGGAAACGAGGUGCACUCGGAUUUACACCCAUGACAGAAGCCGAUCGAAAAGAACAAGAGAGAAGAUUGAUAAUCAAAGCAAAGGAAGAGAAAGAUGCAAGGGAUAUGAAAAUCUAUUUGAAGCUGGCCGAUAAGUAUAAGUCAAAAGAGAAACAAGUAAGAAAGGACAGACAACACGCUGCAGCUGUUAAAGACGGAGUUCAACCUGGUGAUGUUGUGAAGGCCGAAGCUGCGUCGAAAAAGGGAGAAAAAGAGCUGGAAGAACAGCAACUUGAAAUGGCAAAACAGCUGUCCAUGUUGAGCUGGGCUCAAUCCAACGGUCUCAGUUUAGAUGACCUUAUCCAAAAAACAUCAAUCCCUGGAUUUGACCCUACGGACCAUAACACUUGGGUUCACAAGGCAUCCGACAGCAAGAGAGACAAGGAAAACCUCGAGUCAGCCAAUACAGCAGCUAACGUAAUGGGAAUGACCAUUGACGAGUGGUUCAAGAACAUACACGGAGUCGCUGAUGCGAAUGCUUACCUUACGAAGCUUAACAAGCAUAAGGGACCGUAUUAUGUAAUGUCUGUAGAUGCCAAGAAAGCCAAAGAUGAUUUCCGAAGAGCUUUACUUGCUAGUGUCUCUGGAUAUGAUGGAACAAAGGAAGGCGACUUUGCCAGUUGGGAUGACGUUGUUUCAUACAUGCCAGUUGCCCCAAAUUGGGACGAAAUCCAGAAUUCCGAUCAUCUUCAGGAUCCGGAUCAAUUUGGCAUGGUACCAAGGAAGCAGGAGGUAAAUCCGUAUGAUGGUAAAAUGAAAUGGGUGGGUGAACUGUGA